AUGACGACAAUAAAAUCACCCGAACUAACACAGCUCAACGAAGACGAAGAGGUUAAUGCUGAAGUUACUUGGGAGGACCAACAGAAUAUUAACUCUUUCAGCAAGUUAGUCAGCAAAUACAAUGAUAUAGAAGAGCAAUAUGAACAUAAAAAGCAAGAAAAGGAAUACAUUGAUGACUUGGCCUUAGAACUAGAACUGGUCGACGAGGAUGAAUUGGUUAGGUAUAAAAUAGGCGAUGCGUUCAUUUUGCUUUCACUUUCUGAAGUCCAAUCACGAUUAGAACAAGAGACAUCACUAUUAACAGAGGAAGUUGAAGAAUUAAGAAAUCAAUUAGAUUCUAUGAAUGACAAAAUGCAACAACUGAAAACUAUCCUUUAUGGCAAGUUUGGGACAGCCAUAAACUUGGAGAAAGACUAG